AUGUCAUUCUGGAAUAACGCUCCUCCUCCUCCUCCUCCACAAGCCCCUCAGUUUAAUCCAGCAUCAGGUUACCACCCAGGAUUUGCAGCCCAGCCUGCUCCACCAGGAGCUUACCAAAGUGCUCCAUCUGGAGGUCGACCUGUCUUUGUCAAUCCCAAUAGUUUACCUGUUUACGGAGGUCCACUGCCGCCACAAGGAAGUGGCGGUGGCGGUGGCGGUGGCGGAGGUGGUGGUAGAGGUGGAGGAGGAAAAAAGCCAAAACUUGGGUAA